AACUGAGGAAAGUAAACAGCAAAGGCGUGGACUGUAUUGGACAUAAGUGCAUUUCACUGAUGGGGGGAGUAAGUGAAGGAGAUGAUGUGUUGGCUCGAUGGAGUGAUGGACUACUGUACCUCGGCAAUGUAAAAAGAGUCGACGGCGUCAAGCAAUGCUGCCUGGUGAGAUUUGAGGACAACUCCGAGUUCUGGGUGCUGAGAAAGGACAUUCACUCGUUUGCCGCUGGAGUGGAAGAAGUUUGCUGUAUCUGUGACGCGCCGCCUCUUAAAGAACCGCUCAUAAAUUGUCUUAAAUGUCGCCACGGUUAUCAUCCAGAGUGCCACACGCCAGCCAUCGAACCGGAAGCUGACAGCGACUCGUGGAUCUGUCGGCAAUGUGUCUUUGCAGUCGCAACCAAGAGGGGCGGGGCCCUGAAGCGAGGACGCUUCGCCCGGCUCAUGCAGUUCAUGAAGCUCCGCCUCCCGUACCAGCUGUCGUCUCUGGACUGGGACCCGCAGCACCUGACCAAUCAGCAGCAGUGUUACUGCUACUGUGCCGGACCUGGAGAGUGGAACCUGAAGAUGCUGCAGUGUGGAGGCUGUGGUCAGUGGUUCCACGAGGCCUGCACCCAGUGUCUCACCAAGCCAUUACUGUAUGGAGACAGGUUCUAUCAGUUCCAGUGCUCUGUGUGCACAAAGGGACCAGAGACCAUCCAGAGACUUCCCAUGACCUGGGUGGACUUGGCUCACUUAGUGCUCUACCAUCUCUCGCUGUGCUGCAAGAGGAAAUACUUUGAUUUUGACCAUGAAAUCCUGUCCUUCACCAACGAGAACUGGGACUCGUUGCUCCUGGGCGCGCUCUCCGACACGCCGAAGCAGGACCGCUGUCACAAUCUCCUCAACGCGCUGAACUCCCACAAGGACAGGUUUGUCUCCGGAAAGGAGAUCAAGAAGAAGAAGUGUCUUUUUGGGCUCCAGGUCCGAGCUCCGCCUCCGCUGACCUCCGAUUCGUCUCCUCUCAUCACGGAGCCACCGAUCAACAUCACACACCGCAGAAGCCCGCUGUCACUGCCCUGCCAGAGGAGAGUGGGGGGGCCCGAGUCCCGUAAAUCAAAGCGUCGCAUCAUGGAGACACAGGCCUGUCCACCUCCGGUCGCUGCCAACCCCAUUGAGCUGCUGCCAUGUUGUCAUGGUUACAUGGGAGAGGCCAACCUCUACAACUCCAGGAAGUCCGAGGAGGAGCUCAACCUGAGCUCUCCUCCCAAACGGAUGUACGGCCGCUACCACUCCACCUACAGUGGGAACACGGGACUCUCCAGGAGCCUCCAUCACUACAACAGCAUGGAGGACACCUGCCGGUUACCACCACCCUGCUUCCCAUACCCUCUCAAUUCCAACGGUAGCCAUAACCACCACCACCUCCACCAGCACCAUCACAACAACCAACACAACAACAACCACCACCAACACCAGCACCAGCCGGGGCAGAAGCCGCUGGAGCCCCUCAUCAUGAGAGAUCUGGCUCCUUACCAGGCCGACAUGGGCGGAGGCGGUGGCGUAGGUGGAGGAGGUGGAGGAGGUGGAGGAGGAGGCGGAGGGGGCGGGACAGUGGCCAGGAGCUGGGGUGGAGGGGAGGCGGUGAGGAUCUUGGCGAGGCGCGUGACGCCGGACGGGAAGGUUCAGUACCUGGUGGAGUGGGACAACGUGAGUUUGUACUGA